AUGGCUGAUUUAAUACGCGCUGUGGGGGCUCCAAUUGGACCCCCUGUAAAGGAUAAGUUAGGCUCUCCUUCUACUGAAUCUGAAGACGGUGGCGCUGAUCAAGCGGAAUUGGCAGCAGAACUAGAAUUAGAUGAAGCAGAUGGACCCAGUACUAAUGGAGAGCGUCAAGCAGUAUUAGCCCCACCAGAAUCUGAGUGGUAUCAUGGUCGGUUGGACAGGUACACUUCUGAGGAAAGGUUGUGGGCUGCAAGCAAGCAAGGAAGUUACCUAGUACGUGAAAGUGACAGAAAGCCAGGAUCAUAUGUCUUGAGUUACUUGGGACGAACUGGAAUUAAUCACUUCAGAAUAACAGCUGUAUGUGGUGACUACUAUAUCGGCGGUCGCCAAUUUGAUUCGUUGACCGAGUUGGUGGGCUUCUACAGCCACUGUUCUGAUCUCCUGAAACGUGAGCGAUUGGUGGAGCCCGUACCCCCUCCUGAACCUGUGAACGAUAAAAAGCGCGUGGUGGCGAUUCUACCGUACACGAAGAUGCCGGACACCGACGAGUUGACAUUCCAGAAGGGCGAUAUAUUUUUCGUGCACAAUGAUAUGGGCGACGGCUGGCUUUGGGUCACGGCGCACCGAACGGGAGAGCAGGGUAUGAUCUUCAGGGAGCUGGUCGAGGACCUGGACCCGUCCAUCGACCCGAACACGGUGUUCUCGUGGUUCCACCCCAACUGCACGAAGAGCGAGGCGGUCGACAUGCUGGUCAAGGCGGGCCCGGGGAGCUUCCUCGUCAGGCCGUCGGACAACUCGCCCGGGGACUAUUCCCUGUUCUUCCACAUCAACAACCAGAUACAGAGGUUCAGGAUAGAGAAGAAGGGGGUUCGGUACCUCAUGGGGGGCAGGGUGUUCGAGUGCCUCGACGCUGUCAUCAACCGCUACAGGAAGGAGCAGAUUGUCGAAGGUCACACAUUGGGACAGCCGCUCAUAGCCGAAGGUCACCACAUCGAGCCACAGCAGAACACGACCGGUGCGGCGGCGGAAAAGAUCUACGCGACCUUGAGGGAGUGCCGAGACCAGAUAGGCCUGAAGAAGAUGAAGGGGAUCAAACAUCAAGGGUAUCUCAACAAAAAAUCCGACAAGGGCGCCAAGAAAUGGAAGGCGCUGUACUUCGUCCUGCUACAAGAGGGCACCGACACCCACUUGUAUUUCUACGAUUCGCCGAAGAGGACGAAACCCAAGGGUCUGAUCGACCUCUCCUGCGCUUAUUUGUAUCAGGUGCACGAAUCUCUGUGGGAGCGUGAGUUCUGCUUCCAGCUGGUGGAGAGAGCGCUGCCCUGCCUGUCUACGCACACUUUCUUGGCGGCCAACUCCACGGCCGAAGAACGCGCCUGGUUAGACGCGCUGCGUCCGCUCUGCGUGCCUCAACAGGCUCGCCACCAGUGUAAGGUGGCGCGCGUGGUGUGGCUGCGCGCGCUGCGCGUGCGCUGCGUGACGGCGCACCGGCUGCCGCCGCGGCUGGCGCCGCGCCCGCACCUGCGGCUGGCGCUCGGCGCCGCGCCCGUCGCGCGCACCCGCGCCAAGCCCUCGCCCGACCCGCACUGGGACGACGAGUUCGUCUUCGACGAUGUACCUCCGGAUGUCACGUCGUUUACGAUCACAGUACACAAUACGGGAAAAAGGGGAAAGGAGUCUGAAGUAGCAGAGUUGACAAUCGAGCUUGCUAAUCUUGCAAAUGGUGAAGAGGUCGAAGAAUGGUAUCCCCUUGCUGGUAUGACACCGAUAGGGGAAUGGGGCUCUUUAAGACUGCGUAUAAGGUACAUGCAAGAGUUGGUAAUGCCCCGUGAGGAGUACAACCCGCUGCGUCAAUUGCUGCUUGAGCCGGGUAUACCGGCAGUGAAGGCCUUAGCCGAGCUCUGCAGAACCGACAGGCAACCUUUGGCAACAUCGGUGCUGCACGCGUUCUCCGAGUGCGGGCGCGGGGCGGAGCUGGCGCGCGAGCUGGCCGGCGCCGAGGUGGCGCGCGAGGGCGACCACCGCGCCCUCUUCCGCGCCGCGUCGCUCGCCACCGCCGUCAUCGACGAGUACAUGCACGCCCUCUGCAAGCCCUUCCUGCAGGCAGCAAUAGCCGAGACAGUUCAGAAGCUUAUUGAUUCCAAGCAAACUGCUGAAUUGAACCCCACAAAAAUGGAUUCACCCGAAGACGCUUGUAAUAAUGCAGAAUUCUUACUAUUAAUUCUGGAUCAGAUCACGCACUCGAUAUUCCUGACGCCCGAGGCGUGCCCGCGGCCGGUGCGCUACGUGUGCGGCUGCCUGCAGCGCGCGGCCGUCGCCAAGUGGCCCAGCGAGCGCUUCGUGCGCACCAGGGUCGUGUCAGGGUUCAUUUUCCUGCGCCUGAUCUGCCCGGCGCUGGUGGAGCCCCGCGCCUGGGGCCUGGUGAGCAGCACGCCGCCGCCGCACGCGCAGCGCUCCCUCGUCAUGGUGGCCAAGUGCCUGCAGAACCUCGCCAACCUCGUCGAGUUCGGCGCCAAGGAACCGUACAUGGAGGUCGUGAAUCCCUUUAUCCUGAAGAACAAGGAGCGUAUGAUCGCGUUCCUGGAUCAGCUCAGCUCCGUGCCGGACCCCGGGACUAUCCCGCCGACCACUAACAACAAUUUUGACAUCGCCAAAGAGCUGGCGACCCUCCACCACAUCUGCGUGUCGCACCUAAGCGAGCUCCAAACCCUGGCGAAGACUCAGCCCGCCAUCAAAAAGUUGGAUAAGCCUAUUCUGAACACAGGG